AUGGCUGAAGAUAGCGAUGAGGAGUGCGUGGCAAUCAAACUCCAAGAUGAAGAAUUCACUGGUUUGAUUAGCAAUAUCGGUGGCAGUAGUUUGGUCAGCAACGUUGCCAGCGGUAUUAUUCGUGACAGAAUUGGUGGGACUGCUGGUGACCUCUUCCAGGGAUUAAUGGGGCAGUUUGGUGCAGAAAGUCAGGGUCAAGGAAAUGGCAGUUAUGGGGGAGGAGGUUAUAAUGAAAGAGGUGGAUAUGGUUAUAAUCGAGGAAGUGCGUAUGGUGGCGAGGGUUACAAUCAGAGAGGUGGAUACGGUGGCUACGAUAGUAGAGGAUAUGAUAAUGAAGAGAGAUAUAAACGCGAAGAGUAUAAUAAUGAUACUGGUAGUGGAAUCGGUCUCGUUGGAAAUCUUAUCGGUGGAAUACUAAGCGGUGGAAAGACUAGCAACAUUGGUAGCGGUGGUUACAAUGAUAAUUACAGUAAUCAACCAAAUAAAUUUGGUAAACAUGCAGCUAGAAUAAUGAUGAGUACACCUCCGGGUAAAGGUAGUGGAAUUAUCGUUUAUGACAGCGAAUUCAUUAUAAUUUCAACUUUCGUAGAUUCUCCUUCUUGUCCAAUUAUGACUUCAGUCAUAAUCGCCAUUUUCUUAUGUAUUUAA